AUGGAUAUAGAUUUAGUUUCUUCCUCUUCCAAGACGAAAGACAUCGACGGCCUCCUUGCCGAUGUCGGAUACAAAGUCCGGUCUUCUGAGCUGCAUCAAGUAGCUCAUAAUAUCGAACGGUUGGAGAACGCGAUUGUGAAUUCAUCCAACGACAUUUCUCAAUUUGCUUCUGAUACUGUCCACUACGAUCCCUCCGAUAUUGGCAACUGGGUGGACAAUCUCCUCUCUGAAUUCGACCACACAGCUUCUCUACCUUAUGAUUUUUCUGAACUACCAGAUCUCGCACCGCCGCCGCCACAGCCACAAGAUCAACACUACCUCCACCAAUUAAAGGUGGUGACUACAGUUGAAGAAGACUCGGCGAUAAAGGUAGUUCACAUGCUGAUGUCAUGUGCGGACUCCUUGCAACGUGGCAAUUUACCAUUGGCUGGCUCGUUAAUUGAAGGCAUGCAAAGGUUGUUGGCAGAGAUGAACACCAACUGCGGCAUUGGAAAAGUCGCCGGUUACUUCAUUGAUGCUUUGAACCGCCGUAUGUUCGGCAUAAACAAUGUUAUCAAUGUUUCUCUUCCGAAUGAGAACGAUAUUCUUUACCAUCACUACUACGAAGCUUGUCCUUACCUCAAAUUCGCUCACUUCACAGCUAAUCAAGCUAUACUGGAAGCUUUCAACGGCCACGAUUGUGUUCAUGUUAUUGAUUUCAACCUCAUGCACGGUCUUCAAUGGCCGGCGUUGAUUCAAGCUCUUGCUCUUCGUCCUGGGGGACCUCCAUUUCUGCGGCUAACCGGCAUUGGUCCGCCGUCGCCGGAUGAGCGUGACAACCUCCGCGAAAUCGGGUUGAGGUUAGCCGAGCUGGCUCGAUCUGUAAACGUUAGAUUCGCGUUUCGUGGAGUUGCGGCUUGGCGGCUUGAGGAUGUGAAGCCGUGGAUGCUUCAGGUGAGUUCAAAGGAAGUUGUGGCGGUUAACUCGAUUAUGCAACUUCAUCGUCUUCUCGGAUCUGAAUCUGACCUGGUUUCUUCGGGUAUUGAAAUGGUUUUGGGUUGGAUCCGGAGUUUGAACCCGAAAAUCAUGACGGUUGUGGAGCAGGAAGCGAACCAUAACGAGGAUGGGUUUAUGGAGCGGUUCACGGAGGCACUUCAUUAUUACUCGACCGUUUUUGACUCGCUUGAGGCGUGUUCGGUUGAACCGGACAAGGCUAUGGCUGAGAUGUUUCUGCAGAGGGAGAUAUGCAAUGUGGUUUGCUGCGAGGGUUCGGCUCGAGUUGAGAGACAUGAACCGCUUGUUAAGUGGAGGGAGCGGCUUGGUAAAGCCGGGUUCAGCCCGCUACAUUUGGGUUCGAAUGCAUUUAAGCAAGCGAGUAUGCUGUUGACUCUGUUUUCUGCGGAGGGUUAUUGCGUGGAAGAGAACCAAGGGAGCUUGAGUUUGGGUUGGCAUAGCCGCCCUCUCAUUGCGGCUUCGGCUUGGCAAGCUGUGCCUUUGCAAGAGGGUGAAACACUGCAUUUCGAUCAUUGA